AUGUUUGCUUCGCUCGGUUGCUAUGGCCGGCAACCAGGACACGAAGAAAGGGACUUGCACAGGUGGUUGCAAGGCCUUUACGGCAUAGGCCUGGAGCUGUACUGGACAACCAUGAAGUUGCAGGCAGGACCACGGGGAGUUCAUGCAAGUAGUUGCACCUCGUUUCGAACAGCCCCACCCUACAUGCAGGUCCCAACUUCCACCCGUGCUGAAGAUGUGGACGUUCCCGUGCUGCUACCGCACGAGAUCCUGCAUGCUCUCGCUCACGCUGGGCCUGCUCAGGCCGCGGGCGUAGGAGAAGAGUUGCUUUAA